AUGAUAUGUCGGUCAUGCAUACGGGCAGCGACCCGCGCCCAAACAAAAACAAUUCGCCAACCACAACAACAACAACGCCAAUACCCCCGCUUCCUCUCCACCACUCCACCCCUCCGCAAUGCAGCAGCAACCCCCAUUUCCGGCGCCACUGCCACCCAAACCGCACCUAGACAAGGUGACGCUUCGUCCUCGCAUACCCCACCAGCUGCAACAUCGACAUCGGCCGCGCAGCCUUUUAGCGAGCCCUUGACACCAGCCGCAAGCCCGGACCUCAAAGGUCUCGCAACCGAAGUUUCUAAGAAGAAAGCGACGCCGCUUGUAAAAAGCAGUAUACCAGCCGGUCAACCGCUCAAGGGAUUGAACUUUUUGAAGGAUAGACAGGAUCCAGUGGCUUUGCCAGACGACGAGUAUCCACCCUGGCUAUGGACGAUUCUGGAUCGCCAGGAGAAGAAGGCUGAAGCUGGGGCGGGAGAUUUGUUCUCCAAAUCAAAGAAACAGCGUCGUCUAGCCGCCAAACGGCUCCGAAAGGAACAAGCAAUGAACCCCGGCAUGCUGGUACCCAAGGUACCCAUCUACGAACAAACGAUUGAUUUACCCACUGGCGAUGGUAGUCUAGCGGGUGCGGUGGAGGCGUCGAGUGCGCGGGAGGAAUUGACAAAGGCGAUGCGGAAUAAGAGGAGGGCUAGCAUCAAGGAGGCUAAUUUCUUGAAGGCUAUGGGUUAA